ACCGGCUCUAACUUGAAUACUGGCUUUAACUUAAAAUGAGGCAAAGUGCGUGAAACAGCGGAACAGGAAAUAAUUCAUACUACUUGACUGAUUAAGGCCCCUAUUACGGUUUUCAACCCAACUGUAUUUUGGUUGAAGUUUUGAAAUUCGGUAUUAUGAUUUUGAACUCAACCCGUCAAAAAAAAAAAUUCAGUUGAAGUGUUGUCAAACACUUGUGAUCCGCCACCGUCAAAGGAUAUUGAAACCUUACUCAAGAGACACUUUGAACGUUUUACAACAAAUUAUGAACGUGAGUUCAGGGACCUAAAAAAAUCAGUUGUAAGUGAAAUCAAGGACUUAAGAAAAGAGACUUACUUCAGUUGAAGACGAGCUAAACGUAGAUCUGAGGCUGCCUACCAGUCAGAAAGAGUUUUUCACUAAACUGUCGGAACGAAAACGCCGUGAAACCAACGUGAUUGCCCUAAAUAUUCCUGAGUCUGAUAAAGCUGCUGGAAAGGACCGUUUAGAGGAUGACAGAACAAAGUUAGUCACAGCUUUGCCUCUCAGUCUCAAGGAUGAGGCCACUGAACUCAAGUUACGUAGACUGGGUCGUCCUACACCUGGACGUACACGUCCUCUUCACAUUACCACCCGCUCAGCAGCCGAUGCAUUUUCCAUUAUCAAAUACAGACCAACAGACGUAAACUCAGGUUUUAUUUUCAAGACUGAUCUAACUCCCUCUCAACAACUUCAUCUGAAAAAUUUGCGUCAAGAGCUUGAUUCAAUCGUGAAGAGUGGUGAUGAGAGUAACACAAUUAAAUAUAUCCAUGGUGUCCCAAGAAUCGUUAAAAGAAAUUUUCGUCCGCUCAACGAGCAAGAAGAAAGUAUCUUACGUCCACCUGUGCUACCAGAACGUCAGAGGUCUGCGUACAAAACUCUCAACAUUUCAAACCGCAUUAGCGGUUAACCAGUACGACGUUGUAUGUAUUUCGGAAUCCUGGCUUCACUCAUCCAUAUGUGAUGGUGAAGUCAUUGAUUCAACAUAUAGUAUUUACCGUAAAGAUAUUACCUUGGACACUCAUUAGACUAUUCAAGUCACUUGUACUACCAAUUUUACAAUAUGGUUCGGUAAUCUGGUCUCCCUACACUAACACGACAAUCGAUAAAGUUGAAAAGGUGCAGCGUAAAUUCUGUAAGUCACUGGCCUAUAAACUAUCUUCACCAAGUCACAUCUGCUCUACUGAUGAGGUCUACCAGUGCUACUGUAUAAACAAACUGUCUUCUCGUCGACAGGUCGCUGACCUAUGCUUUUUCUACAAAGUAGUCAAUAACAUCACUGAUGCUCAUGAGAUCCUAAACAGUUUUGAACUCGCCCCUGCUGGUCUUACCCUGAGGCGAAAUAGAUUACUAAAAACAUCGAAAUCCAAGAACAAUUAUGUUAUCCAUGGUCCUCAGAAUAGACUGGCUAAUUUAGUACAUUCACUUCAAGGUGAAAUUGAUUUCUAUGGAGGAACAUACGCUGCUUUUACCGAAAACACCAGGAGACACCUGCUCGUCUGAAUUACAUCUAAAUCAAGUCUGAAUUACAUAUUAACUUACAAUUAUUUAAAUAUUUUCCAGAUAUUACAAUAAUAUACCCUAGCUACUUUUGUAUAAUACUUUAAUUCUUUAUUAUAUCGAUGUAUAUUGCCGAUUGGCGUUUAAAUAAAUAAAUAAAGAGUCGAUACAACAUACUACUUCUAGGAAUAUGCUCCUUUUCAGUCAUUGGUGUUUUAUCCACAUCGCACAAAAACGGUGUUCAUAAUAUUUAAAAGCAGAUUUUGUAACAACCAUAGAUAUCGUAAAGUUCGAAUUUAUUAAAAUGCAUUUGUGAUAACUACCCGCAGGAAGGAAAUGGAUAGUUUGUGGUAACGUUCCUUCACAUCAUUUAGUAAGAAACAAAAUGAUUCCUCGUUUAAAAGAAAAAAAACUUAUAAAUCUGCAAUAAAAAUGAUUAAGGACCCAUUUAAUUUUCAAAAAAACUUUGGCUUACCUGGUGUUAAGAAGUUCGAAUGGAUUUGAGUUAUCACGAAGGCUUUUCCUUAUGCGCUGCACAAAAGUUUCGGCCCCAACAUUUUUGUCAUCGUAAUAUAAUAUAAAUCAAAACUAAUGUCCAUUUUAAUAAGUAUUCACUUUUUUGUGAGCAAAAACUUAAUUAAAUAGUUUUGAUUUUUUGAUUUAAAGUUUGAUUUUUUAGUUUGGAAAUACCAAUCAAACUUCGACCGAAAAUAGUUGAAAAUCGUAAUACAUAAAAAGAGUUGGGUUUAUCUGAAGUUGAGUUAGUUCAACUUCAAUUCAACCAAGUAGAGUUGGGAACCAUAUUAAUAAAUUAACGUUAUGUAAGUUUCGUUGUUGAUAUAAGAUUGAGAUUGAACGCUAUUUCGGUAAAAAGUGUCCAUCGGUUACUGAGGGCUUAAUAAGUUAUGGUCGGAUAACGACCGUUAUAAAAAGUUAGAUGCCAUAUCUUAAAGGCAGUAUUUGUACAAAGUUUUCUUCCGAUAACUUCUUUGGUGUUUGAUUUUCUUACUGUAUAAUAAAGGAAAUGGAUGGAAUUUAAAAUUUUGUUAUAUGGAAAGUAGGCGUGAUUGUAUAGUGUUAGAUAUCCAUGUCAAUAUAAAGCUAUUUAACGAGUUUGGUUGGAAUUGGUCCAGUAGUUUCUGAAAUAUACAACUUCACCUAAAGGUGGUGGUACCACAUCCAUUGUCCAAUUUUUAUUUCGGCUUCUAUGAAGCCUUUCCAACUACCUUAUUUGUGAAAUUUGAUAGUUCAGGAGUAUUUAUUUAGUGAGUUAUCAGAGUGCGUGUGGUGACUAUCCGAUUUCCUGUUUACAUUUUUUCUAAUCAAAAAAGAAGUUAAAUCAAUGUAUUCCAAUAAAACUGUAUAAAAUACAUAUGUUCAUAACUUCCCCAAGCCUUCUUAUCUUAUAUGUUGAUUGAUAUCAAAUGUAAGUUUAAGCAGCAUUUCGUCAUCGAUGAAUGUGUGAAUAAUUAAGUUCUUAGCCGUAAGGCAAUAAGCAUCUAAGAAAACUUAAUUUGUAUCUUGUUGACAUUAAUAUUAUAUACUAUUUGAAUAUUUACUUAUGUACCUCUCACUUUGUUAAGCUAUUUGUAUAUUUUCCCUUUAUAGGAUCUAGAAUGAGUCCUCCAAAUGUUUUAGUAACCGGAGGUGCGGGAUAUAUAGGCUCCCACACAGUCUUGGAGAUGUUGAAUGCAGGUUACAACGUGAUUUGUAUAGAUAACUUAAGUAAUGCGUAUAGCUCAGGGUCGUCUAAGCUACCUGAGUCAUUAAAUAGAGUUCAAAAACUGACUGGAAAGACUUUAAUUUACUAUUGCAUAGAUAUUACGGAUAGAGAUCAAGUUCGUUCAGUUUUUCAAGAGCACAAAAUCGAUAUGGUGGCUCAUUUUGCUGCGCUUAAAGCAGUUGGAGAAUCUUGUCGUAUACCGCUUCAAUACUAUCAUAAUAAUAUGACGGGUACAAAUGUUCUCCUGGAAGCUAUGGCUGAUAACAACGUGUUUAAAUUUGUGUAUAGCUCCAGUGCCACUGUUUAUGGUGAACCCAAAUUCUUGCCUGUAACUGAAGAUCAUCCAACCGGCAAUUGUACAAGCCCCUAUGGCAAAACAAAGUAUUUUACCGAAGAAAUUUUGAAGGAUCUAUGUAAAUCCGAUAAGCGUUGGGCAGUUGUGUCAUUGCGUUACUUUAAUCCAGUUGGAGCGCAUCCGAGCGGAUGUAUUGGCGAAGACCCCAACGGAGAGCCUAAUAACUUGAUGCCAUUUAUUGCUCAAGUGGCCGUCGGCCGUCGGGAUGUUUUGAAAAUUUAUGGUUCUGAUUUCCCAACAAAAGAUGGAACCGGAGUUCGCGAUUAUAUUCAUAUUGUAGAUCUUGCAGAAGGACACUUAAGAGCUCUGGAAAAAUUAAGAAAUGUAGCCGAGACUGGGUUUUUUGCAUAUAACCUUGGCACUGGUGUUGGAUAUUCUGUUCUUGAAAUGGUGCAUGCCUUUGAAGAGGCUAGUAAUCGAAAAAUUGAUUAUGAAAUGACCGAUCGGCGAUCUGGUGAUGUGGCAACUUGUUUCGCCAAUGCUACGCUGGCUGAAGUUUCUCUUGGUUGGAAAGCUAAACGCGGCAUAAUUGAAAUGUGUGCUGAUACUUGGCGUUGGCAGAGCAAUAACCCUAAUGGAUAUGCUUCAAAAUAAUUUAAUUUAUUUUGACAAUCAAUAACAUCAGUUAUUAAUAAGAUUGUUCGAUAAUACAAAAUUUUUAAUAGUAAUUUCUAGUAUAUACAAUUUAUCCUUCGAUAGAGUCGGAAAAAAAUAUUAUAAAAGUGUGAAACCAAAAUAAUAUAUAAUAAACAUAUUACAGAUAUUGUGCAUAAUAA